AUGGCGCCCGGGCAGGGUGGGAAGCGAAAGCGUAGUGAACGCUCAUACUCCGGUGACUCGGCGAGUAACGAAGCCUCGCGACCCUCCCCUCAUCGUCCUAGCACGCUCAAUAUGGCGCACCACCAUGGGAACCAAUCCAGCCAAUCCAGAGAACAAAAUGAUAUGCGUGACCGAUCGCGCCGGCAAUCAAACCGUGGCGGCGGUAACCGACACAAUUCUCGCCGUGGCUCAUAUGAAAGCCAGCAGAAUUUUUCGAGUUCACAGCACAGGGAGCCUAGCGCGAUGUCUCCUCCUCCUCCUCCGACUCAGUCCAGGGAGGGCACAGAGACUGUGCAACCAAACGGCGAGUCUGGGGCGGCCCAACCCACCCCUUCCCCGACACCGAACACUCCGGCCGCGCAGUCGCAGACGCAACCCCAAUCUCACACCGAAUCCGAACGACCUGUAAGUCGCCCAUCCGGCCCUUCCUCUCCAUAUGACUAUGAGUAUGUCACGGACACAGUCGUAGAGGAAUGGUCAUCGACCGGAAAGCAAAAAGUCGUGGAAGAAGGAAUUUCGGCUCGGGUGCAAGAGAAUCUCGCCGGUCUAGCUUCAGUCUACCAGGAGCUCAUUAGAUCUGCUAUCUAUGGACGACUGUCACCUUCGGAGGCAGGGACCGCUGUCAAAGAGAUUCUUGGCGAUGAUUCUGCGUCCCAGCUUGUGGAAAUGGAAGGCGAAGAAGCUAAAGCUUCAACCUCCGUCUUUGAUUCACGUUCUUUAUUCCUCGAUACCCUUUCUAUCAUCACCGAUUCCGACACCUCCAACCCCGGUCUCAAACCUCUUGUCUUUGCGACUUCGAUUUCCCCUGCUCUCAUGCGACUCCAACUUGAAACGCCUUUGCUGCAAUCCCUAGGAUUGGUUCGUGAGACCUUUGCCCGCAUGGGAAUCCGCAAGCAAACCAAUUUGCUCUACCGCCAAUCCAACUACAACCUUCUUAGAGAAGAGUCGGAGGGAUAUUCAAAGCUUCUCACUGAGCUUUUCGCCACUAGCGGCAACGAGCCGCCAUCAAGCGAAGUGGUUGAAGACACCUUCGAAAGGGUAAAGGCUAUGAUUGGCGCAUUUGACAUGGAUGUUGGUCGAGUUCUAGAUGUGACAUUGGACGUGUUCGCUGCUGUGUUAGUCAAACAAUUUCGGUUCUUCGUGAAGUUGUUGCGAGUUAGCUCCUGGUGGCCCAAAGAAAACGAGACCACACGAGAGGCCCUUCACAACUUCGGUUUGCCAAAUUGGGCACUUCCAGGCUCUGCAGGCUGGAUUACGACAGACGAGGAACAAAUCGCUAUUAUGAAAUCAAAUGAAGAACGCGAUCGAAAGUUCUGGGAUCGAGCGCGAGAGGUCGGUAUACAAGCUUUCUUCGAGAUCGGGCACAAGUCGAUUUCAGAGGAAGAGCGACUUCAAUCCCUUGCAGAGGGUAACAAUUUAUCCGAAGAAGAAGCAGCAACACGGACAUGGAUUCAAGAGACAGGAACGUUGCCACCAAAGGGCAAUCGAGUGGCAGCGCAACUUCUCGGAUUCAAGCUGCGGUUCUACGCCUCUUCUGUUCGUUCCAAGGACGAUGUGCUGCCAGAUACCCUCAUCUAUUUAUCUGCGUUGCUCAUCAAAGUGGGCUUUAUUUCUCUGCGCGACCUCUACACUCACCUCUGGAGACCCGAUGAGACGAUGGAGGAGUUGAAGACCGAGAAGAUGACUGAAAAAGCGGAGAGAGAAAAGGCUGCUCGGCCGGGUGGCGGAAUCAACGCUCUCAUGCUUGCCGGUGCGCUCUCGGACGACACGAUCCCACCCCCACGUCUUCGCGAGGACUCGCGCAAGGCCACUCCGUCAAAGGACCAAGAGGCCGACAAAAAUUCUGCCAAGACAGAAAAUGAUCUACCAGACCCGAUUGAACAGAAGGUGUUGCUUCUCAAGAGUCUUCUCCUAAUUGGUGCCAUCCCGGAAGCCCUCUUCAUCAUCAGCAAAUUCCCCUGGUUGAUGGAUGGCUUCCCCGAACUACCUGACUUCAUCCACCGUAUUCUUCAUCAGUCGCUGAGCAAGGUCUACUCGUUGCUUCGCCCCCUCCCUGGAAAAGACCUUGCCGGCCAGCGACAGAUUCUAAGCACCGACCAGUCUGGUCUGCCGAAGGGCGAGAUUCGACUUGCGCAGCCAUCGGCGAAACGAACGCUCAGAUGGGCCAAAAUCGACACAGACGACGAGAAUGAAGGCAUCGCCUACCGAUUCUACUGGGACGAAUGGUCAAACAACAUCCCAAUCUGUCAGUCUGUAGAUGACGUCUUCGCCCUCUGCUCGUCUUUCCUUAACCUCUCCGGUCAUAAGAUUGGACAGGAUGCAAGCUUGCUCUCGAAACUAGCGCGUAUCGGCAAGGAUAGUCUGUCUAAUGACGCUUCAGAAGAAAACAGAACUCGCUGGCGGGAUCUCUGCAAGCGCCUGUUGUUACCUUCUGUCAGUUUGACCAAAGCCAACCCUGGGGUCGUCAACGAGGUGUUCGACCUUCUUAGCUUCUUCCCUCGUGAAGUCCGGUACAACAUGUACGCGGAAUGGUACUCUGGCCAGACAUCUAGAUUGCCUGACAUCAAAUCUGCCUUUGACCAGGCGAGGGCCGAGACCAAGGACGUGCUGAAGCGACUCAGCAAAACCAACACCAGGCCCAUGGCUCGCGCACUAGCCAAGAUUGCUUACGCUAACCCCGGAAUUGUCAUCAACGUCGCCAUCAGUCAGAUUGAAUCGUACGAAAAUCUCAUCGAGGUCGUUGUCGAGUGCGCGCGCUAUUUCACUAAUCUGGGCUACGACAUUCUCACUUGGUCUCUCAUCAAUUCUCUUGGCCAGAAGGGAAGAAGUCGUGUGCAGGAGGGUGGUCUGCUUACCAGCCGUUGGCUAAACGCUCUAUCCACCUUCGCCGGCCGAGCUUUCAAGCGAUAUUCGAUCAUGGAUCCCACCCCGUUGCUGCAAUAUGUCGUGGAGCAACUGCGUCACAAUAACUCUACCGACCUGAUUGUUUUGGAACAAAUGAUUGUGUCCAUGGCUGGCAUCAUCACAGACACCAACUUCAAUGAUGCUCAAGUCCAAGCCAUGGCUGGCGGAGAGAUCCUCCAGGCACAAACUAUUCUGCAGCUCCUGGACAAGCGACACGAGUCCAAGACCACUUCGAAGCGGCUGAUCAAGUCGCUCACCCACACUCGCCUCGCAGGUCAAUUACUUGUCGCCAUUGCCCAGGAACGUUUGACAUGUGUUUACAAUGAGUCCUCAUCGGAACUCAAACUCCUCGGAAACAUCUUCGACGAAAUUCACCGGAUCCUCACCCAGUACCUGGACUUGCUGCGGAGUAAUCUAUCGAUAGAAGAGUUUGACUCUUUUGUGCCCGACUUUGCCGCUUUAGUCAAAGAGUUUGGCGUUCAGCCCGAGAUUGCUUUCUGGAUUCGCCGAGCCAGCAUUUCCAAGAAGAUAGCCGAGGUUGAAUCAUCGAAGCUGGAGACAGAGUCAUCGACGAAGGAAAUCACCGAGACUCUACCUCAGCCCAGUGAUGAGAAUCAGAUGGACACUGCAGACGACGGGAAUGAGACACCCAAGAUCAACCAGAGCUCCGCCGAGACAGAUAUGGACGUCGACAAAGAAGAGGUCGCCGCUGCGCUUCUAUCAUCCAACCCCGUGAUGCAAGAUCUAAUUGACAAUGUCAAGACCGCCUUGCCUGCCGAAACAUGGGAGGUGAUUGGCCCGCACUUCUAUGCAACCUUCUGGCAACUGGAUCUUUACGAUGUUCAUGUGCCCGGUCAAUCCUACGAUGAAGAGAUGGGACGGUUGAAGAAACGAAUCAUGACCAUCUCCAACGACCGGUCUGAUCUGAGUUUAGCUGGCUCCCAGCGCAAGGACAGAGACAGGAAGGCUGUUACUGAUCUCCGUGAUCGACUUCUGCAGGAAAACAGGAGCCAUUUGACCGCAUACAGCCAGACUCGCUCUCGUUUGUUGAAGGAGAAGGAACAGUGGUUCGCUGGCAUGCGCCUCAAGCACGAUGUCUUGAACAUUGCUUUGCUAGAGCAAUGCUUCCUCCCUCGAUUGCUUUUAUCACCACUUGAUGCCUUCUUCUGUUUCAAGCUGCUGAAGUUCCUGCACAGCUCAGGUACCCCCAACUUCCGAACUGUUGGCCUACUCGAUCAACUCUUCCGCGAGCAAAGACUCACAGCCCUGAUCUUUCUGUGCACCUCCAAAGAAGCCGACAACCUGGGGCGCUUCCUCAAUGAAAUUUUGCGCGAUCUCUCUCGCUGGCAUGCCGAUAAGGCUGUCUAUGAAAGAGAAGCCUUUGGCACUAAGAAAGACCUACCUGGAUUUGCUAAGAAUGUCGGACCUGAGGGCGUGCCGCUGGCCUUCUUGGAGUUCGAGGACUUCCGCCGUCUUCUCUACAAGUGGCACCGCCUGUUCUCCGUUGCUCUCAAGACUUGUCUUAAUAGCGGCGAGUACAUGCACAUUCGAAACGCGAUCAGUGUCCUCAAGGCAGUUGUCCAGCACUUCCCUGCUGUGAACUGGAUCGGUCGCGACAUGUUGAACUGUGUCAACACACUUAGUAAAAAUGACGAGCGAGACGACGUCAAAAUCCCUGCGGCAUCCUUGAUCGGUGAUCUAAACCGCCGUGAGAAGAAGUGGAUGCUUCCUCAAGCAUUCAACAUGGUCAAAACUGGCACCCAGCCGCCUGCUGAUGGCAAGAGCGGCACUCCGCAGCCACAAACCGGGACUCCCAAUUCACUUAAUGCUUCUGCUCCAGAAUUCCAGCCUACAUCCGGACAACCUGGUGACGGAUCAGCCAGCCAAGAAGAAUCUGGCAAGAUGGAAGUCGAGGAUGGUGAGAUUGAGGAUGCGAAAAUGGCCGAUGCAGCCUCCGCGAAGGGACUGGAGGAUGCAAAGACAGCAGAGCCUGGUACUGAUUCUGGAACUUCCACGGUCAUGGAUACGGGUAACGACGAGCGGCCUGAUAUUCGUGGGCAGCUCGAACCUCCCGUGCGACCCCGGCCAGGCUCUCGAGCCUCCGACUCGGCUCGCCCAUCUGAUAUCCCGAGACGACCAGAGCCUGAUCGUUCAACAUCACGGCGUCAACAGCAAGGCCGUCCUCCACACGGUGACGGCAGGCUUCCUCCGCGCCCUGAUAUGAAAGCAGACGACCGACGCGACAGACUUUCUGAUUUCAACCCGCGUACUCGUCAUGGAAACCCUGAUCUUCGCUCUUUCGAUACUCCAAAUGUCCGCGAUCGCUUUGGUAUGAGACCUCUACCAGACGAGCCAAUGCGCGGUCAACCUUACCGUGACAGCCGUCUGCCGCGAGAGCCAGAAUGGAAUAAUGAUCGCCCUGGCCGUCUGCGUCCUGAUCCAUUCCAUCCUCGCGACGGACCAGCUCGUGAUGAACUUAUGCCUGAUUUCCCCGACCGCCCCAUCGACGGCCCUCGUCGCGGAGAGCCAAUGCGACCUGACCGGCCUCCGCGUGCUUUGUCGCCCUCCAGAUCCGAUCUCCCUAAUCGCCCUGAGCGAUUUCCAGAUGACCGCCGAGGUGCCAACUUCACCCAGCUUCCUCCUCGCGAUGAAUUCCCUCGAGGCCCACGAGACCGUGCUGCUGAUCCGAGAGAUGCUGGCCCCGGCCCUGACUUGAAUCACGGUCGGCUGCGUCAACCUGACGCUCAAUCCGAGAUCCCCUCUGGGCCACGAGGCUCAAGGAACCCUCGUGGUCGCAAUGUCUCUGGUCGCCCGUCCAAUGGAAAAGCACCUACUCCCGAACGCCAGGUGCCCACGGGCCCUGCUCGACAAGGUGGGCGCGGCGGCCCCGAGCAGUCCCCUGCCACUCCUGCCCCUGCCCCUCCCUCCGAGGCUUCCGCUGCACUCGGUAUCCACCCUGAUAGAGUACGCAAUAUCGUCGACGACAAGCCAUCUCAGCAACGCCAGCCAGCUGCCAUGACACCACCCUCUGGCCCUCGGGGAGGACCCAACCAACAACAAACUCCCCGUGGCCCUGGCGGGGAUCGUAAUCGUAGUGACAAGCGUUUUGCCGGCAUCAACAAUAUGCUCCAACAGACAAACAACCCCGCUGAGCGUGGCAAUGCCACUCCACCUGCCCGAGGGAAAGGUGGAAGCCGACAAUCAGAUGCCGGGGACACAUCUUCUCCACAGACAUCAAAUCGCCCACCCACAGGCCCGGCCUCAUCCCAGGACGAUGGUCAGCGCAACCGCUCUGCGCGAGGCGGUGACUUGCUUGACGACGGCGGUCCCGACAACCGCCGUUCAGGAGGCCGAGAUCGAAAUCGUGAAAAGGACCGCGAGCGCGAGCGUCGUGGUGAAGAGAGCGCCAACGGCGGUGGCGGUAAUCGACGUGAAGAACGCCGCAACCGCGACCCUGACCGCGAGCGCAGUCGCAGAAGUGACGUUGGUGGAGGUGCUGGUCGAGAGGAGAAGGAGCGUGAUAAAGAACGCCAUGGUGAGUCUCGUGAGAGCCUGCGCCGGGCCAACAGCUCGCGCGAAGAGACAAGACGCCGGGACCGACGUGAUCGUGACGAUGGGCCACCCGACGCGAGCGGCCCUGCUCCUGGCAACGCCAAUGAUGAGGGCCGUCUUCGCCCGCCGUCGUCCACGGGAGCCCCUCCACCUCCACCACCUCCACCGCCGCCUCCUCUUCCCACCGAUGAACAGGGUACCCCUCGCCGCUGGGGCUCUGGUGGCGGAGACCGAGGUAACCGCAACGAAAACCGGGAUCGCGAACGUGACCGCCGUGGUGACCGUGGCCGAGACCGGGAACACCGCGACAGUGGUGGCUCCGGAGGACAUCGCAAGCGCGGACGUCCCAACCCCGAAGAAAAUACCGGUGACGGAAACGUCCGAGGCCCGAGGAUGGGAAAUGAUAGCAAGCGCCCUCGUCGUGGAGCGUGA